AUGGGAGCCUGUGCGAGCACACCUAAGGAAUCUGAUAUCCUUGAAACCCCUGCCACUACUGAAAACGCUGUCGUUGAGUCCACGAACGUCGUCGAAACCGAAGCUGUAUCUCAGGAGAAAGCAGAUGAAGUGGUUGCAGAGAAGAAAGAAGAGUCUGUUGUAGAUGAAACAGAGACACAGAAGGAAGCUGCACCAGCCAAACCAGCUGAGGCCGAGACAGCUCCAGAGGCUGUGAAGACCGAAGAAACUCAAGAAGUUGCCGUUAAUGAGAACGCUUCUUCUGAGACUGAGGCACCAAAACAAGAGGAGGCUGCAACAACAGCCAAUGACACCAAAACCAAUGAAGAGCCUCUUGUAACCCUUUAA